ACUAGAGGGCGGGGUUUAAUCUGUUGCUGCUGCCCGAUAUGAAGAGUGAAUCAGCAAAACAGUCUUGAAUAUUUAUCAGGGUGUUUUUGGGUUGAACCAGGCUGUGCUGAAGGAGGGACGCUUUGUACUUGUUGACCGGCGGGUUUCUGAACAAUAACAACAGAUGCUCGGUGUGGGAUUAAUUUGAAUUAUUAUCGUGCGCCCUCGCUUUUAGUCGGAGGCCUCCCUCCUUUCCUGUCUCCGCUCCCAGGUGCUGUGGUGUUUUCAGGAGCCGGGUUCAGAGAGAUCAGCAGCAGGAAGAUGAUAGGAGCGGGGAGGAAGAUGCAGGCGGGGAGCUGUUGCUUGCUGUUGGCAGCUCUCGCGCUCUCUACACUGGCGCAGUUCGUGCCACCGUACACUGAAGAUUGCAGAAGGGGCUCAUAUCCACCAGCUGGCCCCACGUUUAAAGGCAUUGUUCCUUGGUACAAGAUAAAUCUUGAUUCUGCUCCACGUGUAAGAUGGAACCAGUUGAUUAACGAUAAGAAAGUGGAGUUGACUAAUUUAAUCCAGGUGAUCAAGGACUUGGCAAAAGAUUUCUUUCCAAGUGGCAAAUUGAUUGAAAUAGUGGAUAAAGGUUUGGCUCCACUUGUAGAUACGCUUCCUUCCCCAUUUAAUGAAGAACUAAAGGGAAUUGCAGAUGUGUCAGGAGUACCCUUGGGGGAAGUUAUGUUAUUUAAUAUCUUCUAUGAAGUGUUCACAGUGUGCACUUCGCUCGUAGCUGAAGACAGAGCAGGGAGAUUGUACCAUGCCAGAAAUCUGGAUUUUGGAUUAUUCCUUGGAUGGGAUUCCAAAAACCAGAGCUGGAGGAUUCCAGAAUAUCUGAGACCUCUAACAGUUAAUCUCAAUUUCCAAAGGAACAACAAAACCGUAUUUAAAUCCACUAAUUUUGCUGGAUAUGUCGGAAUGCUGACUGGCAUGAGACCAAAGAUGUUUACACUUACAAUGAAUGAGCGUUUCAGCAUCGAUGGAGGAUAUAUUGGCAUCAUUGAAUGGAUAUUGGGUAAAAGGGAUGGUAUGUGGAUGAGUUUCCUCACCCGAUCUGUGUUGGAGAAUGCUACCAGUUACUCAAAAGCCAAGGACCAAUUAUCCAAUACAGAAAUGCUGGCACCAGCUUACUUUAUACUAGGUGGCAACCAGUCGGGGGAGGGUUGUGUAAUCACACGCUCAAGGACCACUAGUCUGGAUAUCUGGGAGCUUGACCUUAAGCAGGGAACCUGGUAUGUGCUGGAAACAAACUACGACCAUUGGAAGGACCCACUGUUUCUGGAUAACCGUAGAACUCCAGCAAUGAAAUGCAUGAAUCAAACAACACAAGCUAAUAUUUCCAUAGAAACUAUUUAUGAUGUUUUGACAACAAAGCCUGUUCUCAAUAAGUUGACUACAUAUACUACCCUGAUGGAAGUCUCUGAAGGAACAUUUGAAUCAUAUCUACGUGACUGUCCGGACCCAUGUAUGCCAUGGUAGACUUCACAAGACUUCAGUGCGGAAUUUAACAGCUGGAUCUGAAUAUCGCUGAGCAGUUUGAGCUACAGAUAUGCUGCUUUUUAAAUAUAUCACAUUUCUGAUGGCACUGAAAUUCGGUAAUGAGCAAAAAAAAAAGAGUAAUUUUGCUACUAAGCAGGCUCUCAAGCUUAGCUAAAUAUAUUAAAAUGUAUGCUAUUAUAUGUAAAGAAGUCUCAUAUAAUAUUUAAUUUGGUAAACUUCAAUUUGAACCUUUUUCCUAUUGAAGGCUGGUUCUAGUAAAAUGCACGUAGGGAUAUACUGAGCAAAAUCCUAUUCAAUCUUCUUUGGUACUAAUCAGUAACUUAGCAUUACUGGUAAAACUUUGCUAAUUUCAAUUUCCAUUUAAAAGAAUUGAGUUGAUUUUAAUUUGGUUUAUUUUGUAGAAGAAACUAAAGAAUGAACGUAUAUUUUAAUGAAUAUUGGAUAUUGUCAUUUUGCCAGGUAAACUAUUGAAUAAAACUAUUUAAAUUCAAA